GCGCAUCUCUAUUGGUUACAGCUGUCAACGGGAACAUUGCCGGUAGAGAUUAAUUGGAAAUUCCACUUCAUUUUGGGGAAUAGCUGAAUGAGUUCCAUAGUUUUAGCAGAAUGACUACUCUUAGACCAUUUACGUGCGACGACCUCUUCAAGUUCAACAAUGUCAACUUUGACCCACUUACGGAGACCUAUGGGCUGUCGUUCUAUACUCAGUACCUGGCCAAGUGGCCCGAGUAUUUCCAGUUGGCCGAGUCGCCCAGCGGCCAGAUAAUGGGAUACAUUAUGGGCAAGGUGGAAGGACACCUGGAUAACUGGCACGGGCAUGUGACCGCACUGACUGUAUCACCCGAUUACCGACGCCUCGGGCUGGCUGUGUUGCUUAUGAACUUCCUGGAGGAUAUAUCCGAGAAAAAACGAGCAUAUUUUGUGGACUUGUUUGUACGCAAGAGUAACCAAGUGGCAAUCAACAUGUACAAAAAUCUCGGCUACAUAAUAUACCGGACGAUACUUGAGUAUUACUCGGGUGACCAGGACGAGGACGCGUAUGAUAUGAGAAAGGCGCUGUCGAGGGACGUGAACAAGAAAUCGGUCAUACCGUACACACAACCUGUACGACUGGAAGAUAUAGAUAUGAAUUGAUACGACUUCUAUACCCAGUAGCGCCCACAUCCGCAUUUAUGUCUAACAGAUCCCGAUAUACCGUUUAAAUGGGCGCGAGCGCAUCAAUUCGCUGCCCAGUUUACCUGUAAAUAAUCCGCAGUUCCACAUCCUACCGCCCCAACCAAUCCCGGUGGUCAAUCAUCAACUUAACGUUAGUCGCUGUCCUGCUUGCGAAUUAAAUUCCCAAAAAAUAUCCACACAAUACUCUCAUGCAUAUCACCAAUCCCAAGAGAUGUAUUAAUAUGUCUGAUCCAUAACGAACUCGACCCGAUUAUUACCUAUAUAAUUCAAUUGACUUUGGAAUUAUUUAAAGAUUUCUUAAGCCGAUGAGUAAAUAACCGUAAUUGAAAGAAUGUUCCACACUUUCGAAGAUAACGAUGCGCGAACUGCGCCGACAAAUGAGCCGAGAUCACUGAUACUGGGAUACUGGACUCAAUUGGAUGGCCAAGGAGACAUAAGAAAGCAACGUAGUUUACAUUUGUUUAGUUUAUCGGCCAGCCGAUUCCAAAUUAUUUUAUUUUUUUCUUCCCCCGUAACCA